AUGCCACUGGCCCUUUGGAAGUUGCUCAGUCUCUCAGGCCCUGCGCUGACCCCUCAUUCUACCACUGCUGCCACCAGGCCCCAAAAAAUCAAGGAAAUGAAAGACUUCUUGCUCACAGCCAGGCAAAAGGAUGCCAAAUCUGUAAAGAUCAAGAAAAACAAGGACAAUGUGAAGUUUAAGGUUCUCUGUAGCAGGGACCUGUAUACCUUUGUCAUCACAAACAAAGAGAAGGCAGAGAAACUUAAACAGUCCUUGUCUCCUGGUUUGGCUGUGAAGGAGCUGAAGUGAAGGAAUCAUUCAAUGUUUCACCUGUAUUAAAAUGUGUUUUAAAAAAAUAAA